AUGUCUUGGCAAGCCUACGUAGAUGAUCAGCUCGUGGCUACUGGUAAAAUUACCAAAGCUGCUAUAUUGGGUAAACAGGGUGGUGUAUGGGCUGCUUCGAGUGGAUACAAUCUCUCACAAGCCGAGCAAGAUGCAGUGGUCAAAACAGCUUUCACCCAACCCGAUCAAGUGAGAGCCAACGGUAUCACCCUCAAUGGAUUCAAAUUUAUGACCCUCCGAGCGGACGCCGACGAAGUGAUUGGACGAAAGGGGGAACGAGGUGUCUUCAUUAUUCCUACCAACCAGGCUAUUCUCGUUGCCGAGUACGACGCACCUACCUCAGCAGGAGAAGCUAAUGUGGUAGUUGCCAAACUUGCCGAUUACCUGAAAUCCGUCAACUAUUAG